UUGCCGAAUGGCGGACGCCUCCUUUCGUCACGGCUUUGAGUACCUUGGAUGGUACCAGCGCCUUGUGCAGACCACCCUCACCGACCGCUGUUAUCUCACCAUGACACAGGCACUACACGCACGUCUUGGUGGAUCACCAAUUGGCCCUGCCGGCUCUGGGAAAACAGAGACUGUGAAGGCGCUUGGCACGCAAAUUGGCCGACACGUGCUGGUGUUCAAUUGUGAUGAAACCUUUGAUUUUGACGCUGUUGGCCGUAUUUUCCUCGGCCUUUGCCAAGUGGGCGCAUGGGGUUGUUUUGAUGAGUUUAACCGACUCGAGGAGCGUGUGCUGUCUGCCGUAUCGCAGCAAAUCCUGACGAUCCAGGAGGCACUUCGAGCCCAGUCCAACACCGUAACGCUCGCACAGCAGACGGUACCACUGCGGGAAAGUGUGGCGUUAUUUAUCACCAUGAACCCAGGCUUUGCCGGCCGCUCAAACUUGCCGGGGAACCUGAAACAACUUUUCCGCACCAUGACUAUGGCUGCACCGGACCGUGAGACCAUCGUGGAGGUCAUGUUGUUUGCUCAGGGCUUUCGUACUGCAGAGGCGCUAUCUCGGAAAAUUGUACCGCUCUUUCAUUUGUGUUUAGAGAAAUUAUCUCAACAGGCGCACUACGACUUUGGGCUUCGUGCUCUGAAGUCUGUUCUCGUGACGGCAGGGAAUCUCAGAAGGUCCUCGCGCGACGCCGCAGUCACGAAUUUAAAUGCACCAGUCACCGCGGCGAGCCUCGAGGAGGUGGAGGGUGAAAUGGUGUUGCAGAGUCUCAUCAGCAGCAUCACGCCUCGUCUUGUGACAGAGGAUUUGGCCCUAUUUUACCCCUUGUUGCGGGACUUUUUUCCAGGACUCCCACUCCCUGGUGCAGCCAUGACGAAAUUGCGUGCGGCAAUUGAAGAAGUGUGCCGCGCCACCCACUACAUUCCAACACCAGCGUGGGUUGAGAAGAUCUGUCAGCUUUACCACACACGCAAGAUGCGACACGGCCUCAUGUUGGUUGGACCAAGUGGUACGGGGAAAACGCUCUGCUGGAAGACGCUGCUGCGCGCCAUGGCGCGACUCCCUGUGGCAGGUGAUGAUGGUGAUGACGAUGAGGGUGAUGUAAGUGGUGUCAAAGAGGGUACGGACCGAAGUGGUCCACUAGAGGCGCAUGCAUACGUGAUUGAUCCCAAGGCAAUGAGCAAGGCAGAACUCUUUGGCGUAUUUGAAGCCACCACACGGGAGUGGAGGGACGGUGUCUUUACGGAGAUUCUUCGCCGUAUCGUCAACAACGAGAUGGGCGGUGACCGCUCACGUCAGCAGCAUUGGAUUGUUUUUGAUGGUGACGUCGACCCUCAUUGGGUAGAGAACCUAAACUCCCUUCUGGAUGACAAUAAAAUCUACACCCUACCCAACGGCGAGCGUCUCAGUUUACCGCCUUCUGUGCGUAUUGUGUUUGAGGUUCAAGACCUGCGCUAUGCGACGCCGGCGACGGUGUCACGCUGCGGUAUGAUUUGGUUUAAUCGCGGUACCGUCCCAAUAUCCAGUGUCCUAAGCCGUCACUUCAAUGUCUUCUACCGUGCCCCAUUGAUUGAUAGGCACGGCAAAAAGCAACUUGCUAGUGUCGCCUACGAUGGUGAGGAUUACAAGACGCGAUCGGGUGGAAAUUGUUUUAUGGUCCAACGCAUUGGUGUGGAUCGCGGAGAGAUGCUUGUAGACACGUUGAAGGAAACGCAGGGAAUAAAACCGGAAGAAAUAGAAAGAGAGACCGCUAGUCCCGCAAGUAAUAUCCCUGUUGCUGCGUCCAAAGAACACGUUACCCCUAGCGACCAAAGUAGCCAGAAGGAGACAUCAUUGUGGUAUUCGAGCGCUCUCACGGAUGUGGAUCGGGAUGUACUGCAGCUGCAGAUAUCCAUGGCAAAUGUGUGGGCCCCUGCCUUUGCCAAAGAUGGCCUGGUGGAACUUGCCGUCCGGCUCAUCCACAGUGAACGGUAUUGGAAGCAGGGUAUUAUGGAGCACGAUGACCUACAAAUGCUACGUAGCGUACAGUCCUUGUUGCUUGAUGGGGUUUCUCGCAUCUGGAGGCUGCGUGAACAACAGGGGAAAUUGCCCACGAUGAAUAUUCUGGAAAAGUACGCGGCGAACGUGCUUCAAUACGCCAUUUUAUGGGGAUUUACGGCCUCACUAAGCCAUGAACUUCGUCGACGCUGGAUGGAAGAAUUAUCUCUUGCUGUGGGAUCAGCAUUUGGCGGGGGAUUGGCCAACGGCCUUUCAUUGCUGGAUGUUGAGCCGGACCCCAUAAUCGGUGAGUGGCGUGCUUUCCGUGAACGUGUGCAGGACACUGUCAUUACGGCCGAUCAGAUGGGAGCAAACGAUGUGCUCAUUCCUACGGUUGACACAUGUCGUCAUGAGGGGAUCCUGCGGGCGUGGAUUGCCGGAGGUAACGCGGCGAUUCUUUGUGGACCGCCUGGAUCCGGCAAGACGAUGUUAAUUGCAUCGAUUCUGCUCCAGUCCUCCGAAUAUGAUGCAGUGUUUUUAAACUUUUCAAGUGGAACAGAGCCAAAAAACAUUAUUCGUGCGUUGGAGCAGUACUGCAGUGUACAAAACACGAGACGUGGCCCUGUUAUGUCUCCCACCAGUGGCAAAGUACUUUUAUUGUUUUGUGAUGAGAUUAACCUUCCGGCGUUGGAUCAGUACGGGACUCAGUCCGUUGUGCAACUGCUGCGUCAACUAAUUGAACGGCGCGGCUAUUACCGCAGUUGUGACAAUGCAUGGAUCACCGUUGAGGGGGUACAGGUGAUUGGCGCCUGUAAUCCACCGACUGAUGCGGGACGCGUGCCACUUUCACAUCGGUUUUUGCGACUUGCACCCGUUUUAUUUGUGGACUUCCCUACAAAAGAAAGUCUCCAUAUCAUCUACACGUCAUACUGUCGUGCCAUUCUUGCCUUUAACGCCCAGCUGCAGAGUUCGCAUGCGGAAAAGUUGGCGUCGGCUAUGGUGGACGUGUACACGGCAACGCAGGUGCACUUCACUUCAUGGCAGCAACCGCACUAUGUCUACUCCCCACGUGACCUCUCGCGCUGGGCACGUGCUGUCCACAGUGCCUUCCUGACGUGGGAGGAGUCUGAGCGACACAAGUUGCGUGUGGAGGGACUUGUGCGUCUUUCCGUACACGAGGGAUUACGUAUCUUUCAGGACCGGUUGGUGGAGCGUGAGGAGCGGGAUUGGACCGACUCCACCAUUGACCGCGCCUUCACCACACAUUUCCCUGAAAUUACUUUGGCGUCAGUUUAUCCACCUUCUCUUCAGCGGCCCGUGUUGUACUCUACAAUAUUGCGGCCCUCGUACAUGGAGAACGCACGGGACGAGUUGCGUGCACACAUCGAACAGAAACUGGAGGCGUUCUGUGAGGAGGAAGUGGACACCGCACUUGUUGUCUACGAUGCAAUGAUCGAUCAUGUCACACGCAUCAAUCGUGUCCUGCAGCAGCCGUUGGGCCACAUGUUGAUUGCGGGAUCUUCUGGUGUGGGGAAAACAAUCAUUGCCCGGCUUGUUGCGUGGAUGAACGGCAUGACGGCGGUUCGUCUUGGUGUUCACCGCAAUUAUCAACUGGACGACUAUGAACGGGACCUGCGCGACAUACUGCGACGUGUCGGAUGUAAACUGGAGCGCAUAUGCUUUAUUUUCGACGACAGCAACAUCAUGGAGGCGAGUUUCUUAGAGUACAUGAACGCCCUCCUGGCGUCGGGUGAGGUUCCCGGCCUGUUUGACGGCGAGGAAUGGGGGAAACUUAUGGAGGAAAUACGCGAGAGCGUUGUAGCGCAGCAGUGCCUCAAGGCAAGCAACAAGCCGCAGAAUUUGCCACAGGAGGAAGACGAUGAUGACUCACAAGGGCGACACCAACAACAACCACAACAACAAAAACAAAAACAAACGUCGAUGUUGCCCUCAUCCCACAGCAAAUCAGAGGAUGCAGCCAGUAGUCAUGGCAUCUCGGCCCCGCAACGGGAGGCGCUUGAUACGAUGGACUCUGCCGUUUAUGUUGACACCAAAUCCGAGCAAGAGUUAUAUCGCUGGUUUCUGAGUAAUGUGAAACGCAAUCUCCACGUCAUCUUUACGAUUGACCCCUCCUCCGGGGAAUUUGUGAGUCGUGCCGUGUCGAGUCCAGCUCUCUUUAACCGUUGCACCAUAGACUGGUUUGGAGACUGGGACCGUGACACACGCCAUCAGGUAACACGUCGGCUCACACAACCGAUUGAUAUCAUGUUCUCCUUUGAGAAGACGUUUCAGAAACGCGAGGACGAGGCACGCGAUGCACUGGCCGAUGCCAUCUGCGGCAUACAUGAAAUCACGGAUGAGGUGAACCGCGUGGUGCGACUGCAGAAUGCGCAUCAAGGGACAUUUAUAACGCCGCGUCACUUUUCCGACUGUGUGCAGCAGUUACAGCUCCUGUACGAGGAGAAGCGGGGUGGAUCGAAGGAGCAGGUUCUACACUUGCGCACUGGUCUUGCCAAGCUGGAUGCGGCGUCGGAGGAGGUUGAACAGCAGCGAGCCAAACUACGCGAGCAUGAGGCCGUGCUAGCAACGAAUAGUAAAAAGGCGCAGACGAUGCUGGAUUGCAUUGUCACGGACACGGAAACAACAAAGCAGGAGAAGCAGGCGGCUGAACGUCUUCGUCAGCAACUGCAAGAAGAGGAGGAGAUGAUAGUCACCGACAAGGCGCGGGUUCAACAGCAGUUGUCAGAGGUGGAACCGGCACUGCGGGAGGCGGAGGUUGCACUAAACACUAUUAAACCGGAGUACCUCCGCGAGAUUCGUGCCUACACAACCCCACCGCAGAUGGUCAAACGUGUGCUGGAGGCCGUGCUUGUCGUCAUGGGCGAAAAGAGGGCAGAUGAGUGGGAUGUUAUCAAGCACCACAUUCGUCGUGACGACUUUCUCGCCGGGGUGAAGGCCUUUGAACCCCGCCGCAUCACAGAGGAAGCGCGCCUGACGGUGUGUACAAUGUUGCAGGAGGAGGAUUUUACAUACGAGGCAGCGCGGCGUGCAUCCAAGGCAGCUGGUCCGCUGCUACAGUGGGUGCAGGCGCAAGUAAAUUAUGCGGCGAUAUUAGCCGCCAUAGGACCACUGAGAAGCCGGAUUGAUCAUCUUACCAAGGUCCACGGUGCCAAACGUGCCCAGCUUCAGCGCACCGAGGUGGAGAUUGCGACCAUGGAGGCAUCGCUGUUGCAGCUCAAGAAGGGAUACCAGGAGGUGACAGAGGAGAUUGCGGCAAUCAAAAACACGAUGAACGGAGUUGCCGCGCGCUGUGAACGGGCCACAACACUGCUGCGGCAAUUGUUUGACGAACGUGGGCGCUGGGAAACCGAGGCGAUGGGUUUUGACUCCGAAGUGCGUACAAUUUUAGGGGACUGUAUCCUUGCCGCCGCAUCGCUGGCAUACUUUGGCUACUUUGACGAGCAUGCGCGGCAGUCUUUGCUCUUUCCCCGCUGGCGUCAGUGCCUGCAGCAGCUGCAAAUCCCUUUUCGUGAAGAUUUUCGCAGUGUUGUGGAAUACCUUGUGACACCGCAGGAGCGGCUUUCAUGGGAGCAGUAUGGGUUGCUCAAGGAUCAUCUCUGUGUGGAGAAUGCAAUGAUCCUUAGUCGUUGCCAGCGUUACCCGCUUCUUAUUGACCCAAAUGGUGUUGCGGUGACGUUUCUUUUGCAGCGGUAUGCGAAGGAUAAAAUAAACACGACAAGCUUUAGCAAGACGGGAUACCUGAAACAUUUGGACAUGGCGGUGCGCUUUGGUUACCCCAUUCUUAUGCAGGAUGCAGAAUUUAUUGAUCCAGCACUUAGCCCUCUCAUCAAUCAAGAAAUACACCGCGUCAGGGGCCAUGCAUUGACGCGGUUGGGGACACAAGACGUGGAAAUUGCGGCGGCAUUUCGUCUUUUUCUCGUGACGCGUGACUCACACUAUCAGCCAUCUCCCGGUAUGGCCGGACAGGUGUGCCUCAUCAACUUCACCGUGACACAGUCAUCGCUGCAGUCGCAGUGCCGAAGUCGUCUAAUGCUACAUGAACACUCUGAGCUGGAUGUUCGUCGGGCGAACAUUUUGCGUGCGCAGGGGGAGUACCAGCUGAGGCUGCGGGUGUUGGAGCAGGAGCUGCUUACCUCCAUUGCACACUGCGAAGGGAGUCUGCUAGAGAACGACGCCUUAACCGUCGCAUUGGAGCGUUUGAAAGGAGAAACCGAGUCGCUUAAAGCCGGCAUUGCGGAGAGCGAAGCAUCCAUGCAAGCCAUCACGGAGGUCGAGGCGCAGUACCAACCGCUCGCGGAGGUAGUGGCAAAAAUGUACUUUGCCUUGCGUCGUUUCUCACGGUUGCACUGGUUGUAUCAGUUUAAUGUGGACUUUGUUUUUCGUCUUCUUGCCGACGCUUUGGCAGCACUCCCUGCACGUUCCACGGAUGUCAGUAGGGUUGAUGAGCGAGAAGAGGAUGCAGCACGUCUGCAGGUACUAACACACCACGUUUUUAACCUUGCUCACCAACGGGUGCGACGCGGGAUGUUUGUGCAGGACCAUCUUGUACUUGCCAUCCUACUUGGUAAACUGCGUAGUGGGAUUGAUGACCGCGUGGGACGCCAAAUCACCGUGGAGGAAUGGGGCUGGUUUGAAGAUGUCUUGCACAACCCUGCAAAGGACGCACGCGACAUGACUGCCUUCGCGGGUGGCAGGGACGUUGCGUCGCAUACGGUACCAGUCAUUUUACGCGAGUGCGGUGUGUGUGCGUCCUCUUCGGAGUUAGCCCUUGCGGCAUUGUUGCAACGGCCACUGUUUGCCGAGCUGCGGGCGUCUUUGUUGAAUCCGCGACACGCGGAGGCAUGGCGGGGGUACUUUGAGGCCGCCGCACCGUACACCGAGGAAAUGCCGGCGUUUAACAUCAGUGAAUGCAACCGUGCCGGCCAUCGCGAUCAUCGGGAGUACACCCGUCGUGCAUUCACCGCUGCCCUUUUGCUGUUUUACACACGCCGGGAUGCAUUUGCGCCAGCCGUUCAGGAAUUUCUUCGUCGCUUUUUUGGCGGAGAUCCGGACGAAAAAAAGGAUGAGAAGAUCAAUGAAAGCUCCUUUUUUACAGCGGAGGCACCUGAUCUUGCCGUUGUGCAUGCAGAACUCUCCGACAGCACACCACUCAUUCUGGUGGCAAACGCCGGCAGCGAUCCGACGUUGACGUUGGAGGCGUUGGCCCGGGCGUUGGAUGUGCCGCUGCGGGUCGCUGUGAUGGGCAGUUCCACCGGACUGGACAUGGCGGGGCGUUAUCUGAAAGACGCUAUGGUAGAAGGAACAUGGGUGCUUUUGAAGAAUAUUCACCUCGCACGGGCAUACGCCGAUGUUGUGGAAAAAUGGCUGCAUCGAGAACGGUCGGAGGGACGAUUGCACCGUAACUUUCGUCUCGUUCUCUCAAUUGAGGCCGCCCCAGGCAUUCCUGGCAGCAGUUUUGCUACGAGUAGAAAUAAUAGUAAUAACAGCCGUACGAAACAUUUUGAUGAGUCGCUGGUGGAGCUUCCUGUGAGCCUUGUAGAGGCAUCUGUGGUGCUAGUGUACGAGCCUCCGCCUGGGAUGAAGUCAUCUUUGUUGCAGACAGUGGGAGCGUUAAAGCCUCACUCCAGUUUCGCGAAGCAGCCUGUAGACAUUCAGCGCAUUUACCUUGCCGCGGCCUGGUUGCAUGCGGUAGUUAUGGAACGGCUACUGUACAUUCCUAUGGGGUGGAGUACGCAGUAUGAGUUUAAUGACACCGAGUUUUGGCGUAUUUUACAGACCGUGGACAGUUGGGUGGGAAUUACUAGUAGAAGCAGUGGUAUGGACGGCAAAAAAGGGAUUGACCGCGCCAGUGUCCCAUGGCCAGCACUGCAAACAAUUAUUGGGACAACAUUAUACGGCGGUAAAAUCAGCAACGAGUUCGAUCAGCUGCUUCUUGACUUCUUAUGUUCACAGCUCAUGAGCGCGGCUGUUUUCGAUGAUGAUCGCUUUUUUGCCUUAACGGAGGACGAUGAAAUCAACUCCCGUCUCAGAUGUCGUUCGAUCGAAUCGCUGCAGGAUGUGCAAGAGUGGGUGCGAGCGCUGCCGGAUGCACAGACGCCGUUGUGGGCGCGCCUUCCUGCCAGUGCUUCACGCGUCAUGUCGGCGCAGCACGCAGUCGCGACGAUUGAGCGUCUGGCGGCUGUGAGGCUCAUCGAGGAGGGGGACAAUGACGGCACAAAUACCGACAAUGAGGAGGAACUUUUUGUGCAGCAGGCCGCACCACGCAGCAUUGGGGAGACACGCUGGGGGCAGAAAAUUCAACGCUUCUGCAAAAUGUGGCGUCACUCGCUCACCGCACUUGGGUGCAUGAGACCGCAAAGAACUACCGUGACAACUUCAUUUUCUGCAACGGCAGCAGUGGAGACCACGUCAAGCAAUAAUACUAGCCUGGAGCCUACGGUAAUAGCCAUACAGCGGGAGUACACCUUUGCGCUGGAACGCCUAGGUGAAAUUCUUGACGAUCUUGAAGCGCUGGAAGAUAUCUGUGCUGGAUCACGGAACCCAACAGCGACACAGCGUGUCCUAAUAGACCAUGUGCUGAUGGACCAGGUGCCACCACGCUGGGCCCGCUCCUACCACACAUUUCCAACGACAGCCGACCAGUGGAUUUCUGACUUCCGGAGCCGCGUUGCGCAGGCCCAAUUAAUGCAUGAGGCUGUGGAAAACAAGACAUUUGGUAAAAAAUGUCUUUCGCUUGGUCUUCUUUUCUGGCCUGGGGCGUUUCUUACGGCGACAAAGCAGCAGGCGGCACGUCGACAACAUCGCUCGCUUGAACAGCUGCAGCUGCGGCUGGAACUUAUGUCGGAGGAAGCGGCGCAAAUCCACGCUGCAAACAACAUUGAAGAGUCUCACACGUGGCACAUUGUCGGUCUCACACUUUUUUCCGCCCGCCUUGAAGCGAAUUGUGGCACGUGUGAACUUCUCCCUGCCACAUCCGGUACCUCCUCCACACCUGUCGGCGCUUUGCUCUCCUGGGAGCCGAUCCCGGCGGCCACAGCGGAUGAAGUUUUGUUGCCCGUGUCGAAGACGUCCCUGUUGAUGCGAUUGCUGUCGCAAAACCCGAUGAGUAGAUGCUUCGCGACACCGUUUUACGUGAACCCCCGACGAGAUUCGAUGCUUGAAGUGGUGGAACUCACAGUGGACCCCGUCCAUUCGCCGAUGCGGGCGUGGUACGAGCGCGGUGUUUGUCUCGUUGCCUGGUCCGAGGCGGAACGUUGA